AUGUCCGCAACACAGACAGUGCCUCCCCAGAGCGUUCCCGGCUUCCUGCCCCCAGACUACUCCUCCCCUCUCAAUGAAACCACAAGCAUCAGACUAGAUUCAGAGUUGCCGGCGUAUGUCCCUCCGCCGCCCGCGUCUUCAGGUAGCAACAACGGCCACGGAAUCGGAGCUGAAGGGGCAUUAGGAAGUUCCCAGCCAAAGGAGUUCCAUAGCGAGCUGAAGAAGAAGGGCAAGACUAUUGCAACGCUAACCUUGAUCGCGGACAGCGCCUUGUCGAAAGGUAUUCCAACCUAUGCGCAAGGCCAGCCAAUUAAAGGGAGGGUUAAGCUGAACCUCGAGAAGCCGGAAACCAUACAGUCUGUGGUUGUCACCGUUCGUGGACAGGUCAUCACAGGUGCUGGUCCAAACGAACAUCUGACGUUCGUCGACAUCUCGCGUGUUCCUUGGUCCCAAAGCGAUGGGGAACCACUCAACUCGAGCUCGGAUGAUGGGAACUCCACCCCCACUCCAACUGCAUCAACGACCGCUCCUGCCACCACGACCUCUGCGCCCAGUGUGGAGCCUAGUACACCUAAGUUCACCGGGAAGCUACAGGGCGAGUACACAUGGCCGUUCAAGGUGGACCUUCCGAAGCAGGUGGUGGUUCUUUCGGGCGGUUUGAAAGGGGAACCGCAGACGUUCGCGCUCCCACAGACGUUCAGCGAGCGACAUGCGCGUGCGAGUGUGCUCUAUGAAGUCUCUCUGCAGCUUACUAAAGGGAAGUUGAGGGCGGACUACAGAGUUGCAUCGACAUUUGGAUAUAUCCCCAUCACUCGUCCGCCGCCUUUCUCCACGCUUCGACGCCUUGCCUAUGAAGAAGGAACGACGUUGUUAGGUCCUACCAUUGAUCCGGAGGGUUGGUUCUCGCCAGAGCCAGCUCACAUCAAGGGCACCAUUUUUAAUAAUCGGGUUACACAGGUGAAAUGCACGCUCUAUCUUGCUAAACCUCUUUCCUACACACGCAGCUCUGUCCUUCCGGUCUGCCUUAGCCUGGAAAGCGCGGAUACGCAGGCCCUCGACUUAUUAUCCUCGCCAAAGGCAGUUGUCGCGCGCCUACGCCGCCGCGUACGGUGUCGCAUGAACGCAGACAAGACAAUGGAGUCUCUCGCCUGGAAAGACACCAUUGACGACUCCCAACUCGCGAUAUGGUGGCCCUCUACAAAAAGGCCAGAAGAUUCCCAGAGUCAGCGGUUUGUCAAUGGGGAGCUGCAUCUCAGAGCGGAUAUUAAACCCACGUCUUCGAUGGCCCAUUUCCGCAUAGAGUAUACUGUUGUUCUACUCCCCUUUGAUGCUCCUGGAUUCGUAUCAGCGGAUAUAUCACCGCUGAUAGAGUAUCCGGUGGAGAUUGUGACGUCUUAUGCACCAGGUCCUCGUCCUAGGAUGUCUGCGCCUCCUGGGUACGAGUCGGACGUGCCCGUUGUCACUUAUGGGAUCACUUCAAUGCGUUCCACAUUCUACUAA